AUGGCACUAGCGGCUAUCUAUAACCUUUUCAUCAUUAACAAAUCUGGCGGCCUUAUAUACUACAAGGACUAUGGUUCAGCAAGGAGGAUGGAUACCAAUGACAGUCUAAGAUUAAGUCUCUGGCAUUCGAUGCAUGCUAUCUCCCAGCAACUCUCCCCUACCCCUGGCUGUACUGGCAUUGAUCUCUUACAAGCUCAUAACUUUGAUCUCCAUUGGUUUCAAUGCCUCACAGGGACAAAAUUUUUUGUUGUAUGUGAAACUGGAGCUCCAAAUAUGGAAAUGCUGCUGAAAGUGAUUUAUGAGCUGUACACGGACUUUGUUUUGAAGAAUCCGUUCUAUGAGAUGGAGAUGCCGAUUCGGUGUGAGCUGUUUGAUCACAACUCGGCUCAGUGA